AUGGCCCAACGCGUGUUUGUUUAUGUCAAGAAGAAAAGUCUGGGACGGCAUAAACAAGUGGUUGAUACUUUAACGCAAGUGGUUGGAAGCUGCUCUCCAUUGACUUGGACCGUAUCGCCCAGUGGUUUUGAGAAGAUAAGCUCCGUGCACACUGCCGAUCCUCCGCCAAACAUCCGUCCAGAGCGCAGGCGUACACACGCACAAACGAAGCAAGCAGCGAGGACGAAGCCCAUGGAGGUACUGGCGUGCUCCGGCGGCCUGGAUCCCGUGAGACUGGCGGAGGCGCCGCAGCUGCUGCGCUCGGCCUCUCGGGCCAUGAAGGAGCUGGCCGCCGACAUCCAGUCCUGCGACGGCACCCACCGGAAAUGGACGCCUAGGUCCACGAGGUGCGGGUGGAAGGCCGGCGCCCCCGAUCUGGAGGCUCUUGAGGCCCAUUUGCUCCAGAUCUGGGGCAUCUCCGCCGCCACCGAGCCACGGCGCGCCCAAGACAAGGCGCUGGCUCUGCAGGCCAGGGACGUCGUCUACCUCAUCCAGAACCUUCAAGACAUGAUCCACUACCACAGGUUCCACUCCUCCAACCCGCCUCGCCUUCUCAGCCAUCAUCAAUCCAAGCCCCUUCCCGCUCUCACGUGGUGUGGUUUCAACUGCCUCCCUUUUGGAAUAGUUGCGUCCAAACCACCCAUCAAGGUUGUCCAUGAAGAAACUCUCAAGAUUGGCAAUAUGCUGGACAAGGCCGCCGGCGGCUCAUCCUUCAAUUCGCUGCCGCCGGCAAUGCCGCCGCCGCGGCGGCGUAUGCCUGAUUCAGGCAGGGGGGUUCUUCAGGCUGGGUUAUUUGUUGGGCGCCACAAGGAGAAGGGUGACAUCGUGCAAAUGCUCAUCCAGCCAUGCGCCAAGCCUGUUAUCUCCCUUGUUGGUGCUGGAGGAAUUGGGAAGACAACUCUUGCUCAGAUGGUGUUCAAUGAUGCAACGGUCAGGGACCAUUUUGAUGUCAAAUGUUGGGUGUCAGUUUCCUGUAGCUCCAACAAGAUGGAGCUCGUCGUGGCGGAUAUCCUAAGGUCGCUCAAACCGGCUUGGGAUGACAAGAUGGUGGAUUUUCAAACGCUUCAGUCCGAGCUCCGUCGGGCUCUUACAUCCAAGAGGUAUCUCAUUGUUCUCGAUGAUGUGUGGAACAGCAUGGAUGAAAUCUGGCUGGAUAUGCUCGCUCCUCUACAAUCAGCAGAUAUUGGGAGCAGAAUUAUAGCGAUUCAUCGCAUCGAAACCGUACCUCGCAACCUCACAGCGUCGUCGCAGCUGUACGCUGUGAAUCCGCUGAAUAGCGACGAUUGCUGGGCCCUGCUCAAGGAACAUGCUUUCCCAAGUGACAGCGGGGAUGUCUAUCCAGAUCUUCACCCGAUCGGGAAGCAGAUUGCUGCAAAAAUCAAUGGAUCACCUCUGGCUGCCAAGCUGGUAGGAGGUUUGCUGGGAGAUACAAGGAGCAAAAUUCACUGGACGAACAUCAUGGAAACAGGAUUACAAGAUGAUAAUGCUGUUUCCUCCGUCCUACGCUUGAGCUAUAAGUACCUACCGGUACACCUCAAGCGGUGCUUCGCAUAUUGCAGUUUGUUUCCAGAGGACUACAAGUUUGAUCCAGCACACUUGUCCCGCCUUUGGAUUGCCGAGGGUUUUGUUCAACCACAAGACAUGGCCGACAAAAGGAUGGAAGACAUUGCUAGAGAAUAUUUUGAUCAGCUCCUUUCAUGCUCAUUCUUCCAGGAAAUCAAGCUUGGACCCAAGACAUACUACUUGGUGCACGGCUUACUCCAUGAUCUUGCAAAGUCUGUUGCAGCGGAGGACUGCUUCCGUAUUGACGAUGGCAUGAACUGUGACAUCCCGUCAACAGUGCGCCAUCUGUCUGUCACCAUGAACAGUCUACCUGGUCUUACAAGCUUCUGCAGUCUAGAAGAGCUGCGCACCUUGUUAAUCCGACCGUCACUUCCGUCCAACCCCAGUUGCUCCCAAGAAGAUUUUGCUGUGAAUUUAAUUAGUAUCCUGGAGAAGUCAAAACAGUUGCGUGUUCUUGAUCUCAGUUGCCUUAACUCUGAAGAGUUGCCCCACUGCAUUGAUGACUUAUUGCACCUCCGUUACCUAUCUAUCCAUGGCUCCGUCCAGAGGCUUCCUGAGUCGAUUGGCAAGCUCCUGCAUCUGCAAGUAUUGUGCUUCACUGGGAAAUGUUCUUUUGAUAAGCUUCCUGAGAGUGUUACUAUGCUGGUCAAUUUGCGGCACCUUCUUGUUGAAACCAAGUGUACUGCAGGAUUGGCAGGCAUUGGUCGGCUAGCUAACCUUCAGGGAUCACUUGAGUUCCACGUUGAGAAGAGGGAAGGGCAUAAACUAGAGGAGUUGAGGAACAUCAAUGGUCUCCGUGGGUUACUAAAAAUAGAAGGUCUAGAAAAUGUUUCAAGCUGUGAAGAAGCCUGCAAAGCUGAGUUGAGUAAGAAAACACAUCUUAAUUCUCUGAAUUUUGAAUGGAGCUCUGCUAGUAGGAAUAAUCCGCCUCCUGCUGACGCAAAGGUACUUGAAGGCCUACAGCCGCACCAAGACAUUAAGGUACUUCAUAUAAGAAGGUAUUGUGGCGCCAAAGCUCCCAGUUGGCUACAGUCAUUGCAGCAAGUGCGUUCUUUGCACCUCAUCAAUUGCAGGAGUUUGGGCAGCCUUCCUCCAUUGGGAAAUUUGGGAUCACUCACAUAUUUACACAUGAAGGAGCUGUGUGCAGUUGACCGAAUUGGACAUGAGUUUUAUGGCAACAGUGAUGUGGCAUUUCCAUCUCUAAGUGUCCUUGAAUUUGAUGAUUUCCCAAAGUUGUGUGAGUGGGCUAGAAUAGAGGACAAGAACUCAUUUCCAUGCCUUAAAAGAUUAAUUAUAGUGGAUUGUCCAGAAUUGGUCAAAAUUCCAUCGUUCCCCGCAACUACUCGUGAAGUUACCAUUGAGCGUACAUCCUUCAUGCCAUACAUGAGGCUUGCGCCUUUUUCUUCAAGUUCAGAGAAGCUACAGCUGGAUGUUUGCACAACUUCUGUCCACUUCAAUGGGUUACUCCAUAAGCAGCAUGUAGAGGCUGUUGUAGCCUUGAACAUAAGUGGUGCUGAACAAGUUGGUGUUGCUGAAGAAAUAGGGUCGCUUGUUUCUCUACAGAGGUUGCAGCUUAGUCGAUGCAACUUUACUGAACAGAAUUUUAGUAAUUUUCUCCAGGCUCUCCCUUGUCUGUCCUCGUUGGAGAUGAUAGACCUGCCCAACAUAACAUCUCUUCCACCAUCAGAAACACUUAGGUGCAGCACCAUGCUCACUGAGUUGUCCAUACGCAACUGCCAGUUUUUGCACUCUCUAUCCUCGUUGCAGUUUUUUGAUUCAUUAAAAUUUCUGGUGAUCGAGAGAUGUCCUAAAGUUACUGCGGCAUCAUUUCCGUCGAACUUCAGUUCUCUCAAAGUGCUGAGAAUAUCGUACUGCUCAGAGCUCCAAUCUUUGCCAGAGUGUGGUCUGCCAUCCUCAUUGGAAACACUUCAUGUUAUUGGGUGCCACCCCGAGUUGUCCAGGCAGUCAAGAAACAUGAAAGGACAUUGCAGUGAGAAGAUUGCUUUGGUACCUAGCGUGUUGAUUCAGUGA